AUGUUCCGGCUGAUGAGGGAUGGCGAGCCGGAGGACCCCAUGUUUGCUAUGGACCCUUUUGCCAUCCACCGGCAGCACAUGCACCGCAUGCUGUCUGGCAGCUUCGGCUUCGGCCCGCUCCUCGGCAUCACCGACGGCACUGCGCCCGCGGCCCGCCAGCCUGCCCGCAGGGUGCAGGCAGGAGCUGUUUCACCCUUUGGGAUGCUUGGCAUGGCAGGUGGCUUUAUAGAUAUGUUUGGGAUGAUGAACGACAUGAUUGGAAGCAUGGAGCAUAUGACGAGCGGUGCUAACUGCCAGACGUUCACCUCCUCAACCGUCAUCUCCUAUUCCAACCUGGGUGAUGGACCUAAAGUCUAUCAGGAGACGUCAGAGAUGCGUUCAGCACCUGGUGGGAUCCGUGAGACCAGGCGGACGGUGCGGGACUCGGACAGUGGCCUGGAGCAGAUGUCGAUCGGGCACCACAUCCGGGAGCGGGCACACAUCAUGCAGCGCUCCCGCAACCAUCGCACGGGUGACCAGGAGGAGCGCCAGGACUACAUCAACAUGGACGAGAGUGACGCUGCCGCCUUUGACGACGAGUGGCGGCGAGAGACGUCACGCUUCAGGCCGCAGCGUGGGCUGGAGUACCGGCGGCACGACGGCACCCGCCGGGCGGAUGGGGGUCGUCUGGCCAUCCAGGGCCCUGAGGACUCCCCCUCCAGACAGUCCCGGCGCUACGACUGGUGAAGUCGGAGCAGACCUUGUUGGGGGGUGCGAUAUGGCCACCCCCAGAGCUGCUGAUGCGCCUCUGUACAGACAGUGAAACUCUGAAGCCUUUUCAAAGCACCACCUGGACCCUCCUCAAAUUUAGUAUUAACGUCCCUCUCACUUAAGAAUUGAAACAAAGCAACUAAUCUUCUGCAUUGCUCUUCUUUGCCCCAUCUGGGUGCUGCAGUGGAGGGUGAGGAAUCACACUGAAGCUCAAGGACCACAUGAGUUGCCCAUUCCCUUUCUGCUCUCCCAUAGUUCCAUUCUUUCUGCCGGUUGUGGUGGGCUUGUCCAUCCUUUCUACUCUUUCUGUGCUGGGUGGAGCUGGUUCUGAAGGGUCACGGUUGAGGCCCACCCAGCUGGCACCUAAACACCAGAUGGUGGUUGGUUUCACAUCUUGGGGAGGAGAAAAAUAGAAGACUCCAGGGUUGAGACAAAGCCAGGAGGGGAGGCUUAACUCAUAGGCACAGCUUGGGGAAACACCAAUUGAACUUAAAUGACAAAACCACCCCCAAUUUACCAAUCAAAUCACAAGAGGAUAAUGAGAAAUACAACCAACUCUUAGACACCCUUCCCCUGGCCCUCCAUCCCUCCCAGGUUCAGGUCUGUUCCUGAUUUCCCCACCUGCUCCCCCUGAGUGCUGCAGGGGGACGGGGAGUGCAGGGUUGCAGUCAGCUCAUCACAGAAUGUUUCUGCUGCUGGUUCUUCCUGGGAGGAAUCCUCACACUCCGCCCCCUGCUCAUGUGGCAGCCCUGCCAUGGGAGGCAGCCCUCCAUCAAUUUCUUCAGCCUGAAUCGUUCCUGUGAGCUGCAGCUUUUUGUGACCUGCUCCAGCAUGGGUCUGUCCUGUGGGGUGUAGUCCCCCCGCUGAUGGACUCUUCCUGUGUGGGCCUCUCUAAGAAUUGUGGCCUCUUUAAGGCACAGCCACCUGCUCCAGUUCUGGGUUCUGUGCAGGCUCCAGGCAGGCAUCUGCCUCACCAGUAACCUCCAUGGGCUGCAGGGGAGGCUCUGCUCCAGGGCACUUUCCCUCCUCCUUCCUCACUGACCUUGAUGUCCACAGAACUGUUCCUCUUGUGUCCCACUGCUCUCUUCAAUGCUUAUCCAAAAGGUUUUUUCUCCUCUUAAAUGUGUUACAACAGAGGUGCUGAUGGGCUCAGCCCUGGCCAGAGGUGAGUUUGACUUGGAGCUAGGCCUGUUGGCCGCUGCCAGCACACGAGGCCAGUGCUUGCAGUUUGUGUUCAGUGCCCUGUGAAAGGCAGACCAGGGAGUUCUGCUCGAGCUCUGUGUCACCCCCUCACCAGGACAGAGGCUUUCAUUCCCCUCCUGCUCCUUGGUGCAGCUGUGGAGAAGCAGAAGGAUGAGUGUGCUAAGGAAAGGAGCAGCUCAAAGGCUGGAUCAGUUUGUGGGCCCCACUCCUGACCCCUUUUCAGUCGGCUCCCCCACUUUUUUAAGUUGUGAAACUUGUAACUAGAUGUUUACUGAAU